UCUGCAAUGAUGAAGAGGAUCGUGACCCCCCGCCACCCAGGUGCUUCCAAUUAAGCUGUGAGAGAGAGGUGGUUUCUUUUCCUUCGUUCCCGUUCACCUCAGGACCCUUUCCUGUUCGAAUGUCCACCUUUAGACCCCUACCUACAUCAUCUACAGCCUCCUUUUGACACCCCCACCGGCGGGAAACAAGAUCUUCGAACCACCAGAAGUGCGAACGUAUCCGUAACCUCGGAAAAGAGUGUACAUUUCCCCUCUGAAGCAGUGGUAGUCCAUCCAGAUGGACCCGGAUGUCUGCCGGAACUGCGGCCACAGCGGCAAGCACAUUGACUUUGCGGACGCCCGAUGCGCCAUCACGGAACGGGAUGACGCCGAGCGCGACAAGCUCCAGGCCGACGCCGCCCUGGCCCGGGCCCGCGACAUCUGCGAGACGUCGCUCUCGCUCAUGAAGCGGCAAAUGCAGGAGCUCGAGGACGCCAACGAGGCCAUUGACGCACUGCGCGCAGCGCUGGCGGCCGCCGAGGACCGGCGGGAGCGCGUGCGGCGUGACCUCGGCACUCACGGCGACGUGUGCCUGCUCGCACGGUCGAACCUCGAGGCGGCGGAGGAGAUGGCCAUCUCGGCUGCCGGGCGGUACUUUGAGGCCGGAAGGGCGGUGACCGCGUUGGAGGAUCGGGAGCAUUUGCGGAAGCAGUCGCCGAGUAUUCACGUAGAAGAGGCGCCGCCCUUGCCGAUGACUGUGCCUAUGGAAGAGGACGACGAUGCGGAGGAGGAAGCAAGAGAGAAGGAAGACCGGAGGUGGAAGAGGUCGAAUGAGCGGUUUUGCAAGUGGUUGCGGCAGUCUGAGGCGCAGCGGCAGAUUAUGAAGUCGUCGUGGACUAAGCUGAGGGUUGCAGAGAGGUUAGCUGGGGAGAGCGUCAACGUCGACGUCGAUGUUGAUGUAGAUGUCGACGCAGUUGACGACGAAGAAGAUGAAGAGACGGCACGCCGGAAAAGGGUCCAAGCGUGGACUGCAGCACGGAGGCUGACGGACCAGCUUCCACCGGAGGAGGAUCCUACCAUGGAGACGGAGUACCUUGAAUCGGAGCCGACCGAUUCCGCGGAGACGACGGAGGAAUCUUCUGAGCCAUUGGUGUUGGCUCCGGCGCCGACGUCUGCUCCCACUUCCUCCGCCCACAAGACGGGCGUAUCCAAGAGAACGCCGGCACUGAGGACAAGGGCAAAGACUGGCAGAGCUGCGACGACGGCGACCGCGCCUGCACCGCAAGCCCCACAAACUGUGCCGCCAAGCCCGGUAAAAGGACGCAACCUGCGGACUGCUCGAAGGGUGGAAAGCCAGACUCGCUCGGAACCGACGCGGCCGACAACGGCUACGACAACAGCGACAAAGAGGGUCAAGAGGGAGCCGAGAACGACAUCUGCGGUCGUGAUGGGAAAGACGGGAACUACUACCGCUCCUAGCUCAGAUGGUGCCGCCGCCGGCCGGCCGGCUGCGAGGACACGGGCUCGGACUGGGAAGACCCCGGCAGCGCCUACGGUAGCGGCAACGGAAACACCGGCGGCAACACGGCCUCAGAGGGCUACGAGAAGGAGGUCGGUGAGGGCGCAGCCGUACCCUCAACCGGGUGCUCAACCGAGAUGGAAGUGAGGUGUUUCCAUCGAUCUGGCCAUGGUGGAAUGGUGUGGCGGUUGUGUUGAAAUUGUGAAGGCCUUGAGGAGGGGGCCGAUGCCCUCCUCGUCCAUACCCCUCAGAUUGAAUAGUCUCAAUUCAUAGCGUUUCUUUUGUCAAUCUCUGUACUCCAUGAAAUCG